UUACAAUUAAACGUCAUCGUGAAUUUAUUAAUAUUUGAGAGGCUGAUAUUUCGUUAACAUAUUCCGAACUUAGUUUCGACAAUUACCACGAUGUGCAUUUUUCAGUUCCUAUUUUGAUAAAACCUAAAACUUUCCUUUUAAAACUGAGAAAGCAUCAAAUUGGAUGGCAUACAAUCGCUAACGCCCUUCGUUUACAGGUGUGGCUAGCUGUAUUGAGUUCCUUUUUACUGUUUGGAUUUUAUUUCCGUUGGGUCAUCAAAGACAAAGCCGAUAAACCUUGGCCCGUAGCGAGUGUAUACUGGUUUCUCUUCACCACUAUGACUAACCAAGGAGUCGACAUGAGUGUCAUCAAUCGAUUUGCGUCCAGAAUAUGUUUUGUAAUGUGGGUGUUAUCGAUUAGUAUUCUGUUAUGGGGUUACAGUGGUGUAUUGUCGUCGUCGCUGGCCGUACAAAUAAACGAACCCGUGCCCACCACACUAGAACAACUCGCUGCUGCCCUUGAAAGAAAAGAAUAUACCUGCUUAUUUAUUGACGACCCUAACUAUAUUCUAAACUUAAAUAAAUCGAAAAUCGGAUACAUCAGAACCUUGGCCAAACAUUUUAAUUCGUGUCGACAGUUUUUGAGUAAUCAACUAAAAGAAGAUGCUGAAAUAAAAGAAAAAUAUACAAAUUUGUAUAUUAAAUUUAGAAAUGCGGAAGGCCUGGAAGCCAAUGCAGUAUAUGCCGAAAUAUUCAAAAUGUAUAUUAAAAUAUUUGGAAAAACAAGAAAAGUGGCGAUUAUCAAUUCACCAGAUUUAAUAAAAUUCCUCACCAUGGGUUCCGACGACGAAUAUUUCGUAUCCGAUGACGUUCUUUCCACAAGUAAUGUGGUACUUAUGAUGAGAAAAGGAUUUCCGCAUAAAAAUAAAAUCGACAAAUUACUCAGAAGAUUGUUCGAAACUGGAGUCAAUAUUGAAUUCUCUGGCAAUACUUUUGUCGAAUCAAAACUAAAAUCGUCGAAUGAUUGGAGACCUUUGUCUCUACAAGACUUGUUUGGCCCAUUUACUGUGCUUAUUGUAGGUUACACCUUAUCAUUUUCUUGUUUCCUUGCCGAAUUCUUCGUCGAAAUGACUCUCAAUCGGAUUGCUCCGUUGAUAUAG